AUGGCGAGGGAAAAUCAGGCGAGUCCUCAAAGUUUAAAGUUUCGACAAGCCUCCGUCGAGAUGAUGACGGACUUUCUUACGAAUCUCAACGAGAAAAACAAAGAUAACCUCCGUAGUUUGUCCACCUGCAGCGGAGUCUUCAAGGAGAAAAUAAUAUUUGAAUACACUCUGCUGAUGUGUCAAGAGCUCAAAUUGGACCCGCCCACCGCGUACCACGCUGUCGAAUUACUUCAGAGGUUCAUGGUUAUGCACAUUACGAACUUGCUGACGCCUGGAGGCGCGAGCCCGGUCGAGACGAGGGCCCGCGAGGACGCCGCCUUCCAGCAGCUGCAAGGGAAGUUCGCCUUGAUCGUAUUUUCCUGCGUGCAGCUGGCCAGCAAGUUGUCACUGCACAGCCAAAUCGUCGACAUCAACAUGGGCGUGCGCUUUCUGCGCUCGGUCGGCCUCGACUUCUCCAAGCAGGCCGUCCUGGAAUCGGAACUGACGGUCCUAAAGGGCCUCGAAUUCCAACUGGACUAUCCCAACCCUCUCACCUACGUGGAAAUCCUCCUGGAGGUGCUUGGCCACAACGAGCCGAGCGCCCCCGUGGAGCGCCUGCACCACCUGUGCCGUCACGUGCUCCAGUUUGUCAGCCUACAGCGCAACACUCUCUACAACGCCUUACUGGCCAUCACCACGCAGACCCGCAAUCCCACCGCAGAGCAGAGAGAGAAGUUUGUGGCGGUAACAGAAGACUGCAUGCUCCUGGGCGUAGGCGUCAUCGCCGCUGCCGCCUUCAUCCUCCACGUCAAAGACUGGGAGCAGGUGGUGAAAGAACUGAGCCACAUCACGGGAAUCUCCACCGCCAGCAUCGGCGACUUCACCCGCGUCACGCUCAUGCUCAUCGUUGGAACCCCUGCAGAUGGCCAGUGA